GAGUCGGGCGCGCCGGCCUCGGCGUUUCCCGGGCCCCGCGGCCGCGACCGAGCGGCUGGCGGGCCUGGGUCAUGGCCGGCGGGGCGGCGCCGCGGGGGGCCGAGCUGCUGGCCUUCACGGGGUUCCGGGACUCGAGCACUCAGCUGCUAGCCUACGGCUACGGCCCGCGCAGCCUGCGGGAUAUGCGCGAGCGCGAAUUCGGCCGCCUGGCAGGAACUGUCUACCUUGACCACGCAGGAGCCACAAUGUUUCCCCAGAGUCAACUCACCAGCUUCACUAAUGAUCUCAUGGAAAAUGUUUAUGGUAAUCCUCACAGCCAGAACAUCAGCAGCAAGCUCACCCAUGAUACCGUGGAGCGCGUGCGCUACAGGAUUUUGGAGCACUUCUGCACCUCCGCAGAGGACUACAGUGUGAUUUUCACGGCAGGAAGCACGGCUGCUCUUAAACUGGUGGCAGAGGCCUUCCCGUGGGCGUCCCCAGGCCCGGAGAGCAGCGGGAGUCGGUUCUGUUACCUCACCGACAGCCACACGUCCGUGGUGGGCAUGAGGAAGGUCACCACGGCCAUGAAUGUCACUUCCAUCCCAGUAAGGCCAGAGGACAUGUGUGUGGCGGAGACACGGGGCACUGCUGCCGGUGACCCUGACUGCCAGCUUCCACAUCUCUUCUGUUACCCUGCUCAGAGUAACUUUUCUGGAACCAGAUACCCCCUGUCCUGGAUAGGAGAGAUCAAGGCUGGGCGGAUGUGCCCUGUGAGCGUGCCUGGGAAGUGGUUCGUGUUGCUUGACGCGGCCUCCUACGUGAGCACCUCGCCUUUGGACCUGUCAGUUCACCAGGCCGACUUUGUCCCCCUCUCCUUCUAUAAGAUCUUUGGGUUCCCCACUGGCCUGGGCGCUCUGCUGGUGAAUAACCGCGUGGCACCUCUGCUGAGGAAAACCUACUUUGGAGGAGGCACGGCCGCAGCGUACCUUGCGGGACAAGACUUCUAUAUCCCAAGACAGUCGGUGGCAGAAAGGUUUGAAGACGGCACCAUCUCGUUCCUUGACGUGAUAGCACUAAAACAUGGAUUUGAUGCCCUGGAGCGCCUCACAGGUGGAAUGGAGAAUAUACAGCAGCACACAUUUACCUUGGCUCAGUACACCUACACUGCCCUGUGUGCUCUCCGGUAUCCCAACGGAGCCCCUGUGGUGCGGAUUUACAGCGACUCUGAAUUCAGCAGCCCAGAGGUGCAGGGGCCUGUCAUCAAUUUUAAUGUUCUCGACCACAGUGGGAACAUCAUUGGUUAUUCUCAGGUGGAUAAAAUGGCCAGUCUUCACAACAUUCACGUGCGAACCGGCUGCUUCUGUAACACUGGGGCCUGCCAGAGGCACCUGGGGAUAAGCGACGAGAUGGUCAAGAAGCAUCUUCAGGCCGGUCAUGUCUGUGGAGAUGAUGUGGACCUCAUAGAUGGGCAUCCUACAGGAUCUGUGAGGAUUUCUUUUGGAUAUAUGUCUACACUUGAGGAUGCCCAGGCCUUUCUCAGGUUCAUCAUGGCAAUGCAGCUGCACCAGUGUGAUGGCCAGCCUCUUCCUCAGACUAUCCCUGGGGAGGCUGGAGCCCCGCCAGAGAGUGAGGCUCAGGACGCUGUGCCUGCCACCGUGGACAGAUGUAGUUCCUCACCUCAGGAAGAUGCUCCCACAGACGCUGGGCUUUCCAACGACUUGCCUCCCAAUGUGGCUGCAGUGGGCUUGCACCCACCUCUGCUGACGGCCAGCAGAACCCAGCAGACCCCUUCAGAGAAAGCAGCAGGAGUCCUGGAUGGGGGCCUUGGGCCACACGUCAUCACCAACCUUUACCUCUACCCAAUUAAAUCCUGUGCUGCAUUUGAGGUGACCAAGUGGCCUAUAGGAAAUCAAGGGCUGCUGUAUGACCGCAGCUGGAUGGUUGUGAAUCGCAAUGGUGUUUGCCUGAGUCAGAAGCAGGAGCCCCGGCUCUGCCUGAUCCAGCCCUUCAUUGACCUGCAGCAAAAGAUCAUGGUCAUCAAAGCCAAAGAGAUGGAGCCGAUAGAGGUGCCUCUUGAGGAAAAUGGUGAACGGACUCAGAUUUGCCAAAGCAAGGUCUGUGCAGACAGGGUAAAUACUUAUAAUUGUGGAGAAAAAAUUUCAAGCUGGUUGUCAAGUUUUCUUGGCCAUCCAUGUCAAUUGCUCAAACAAAGUUCAAACUUUCAAAGAAGUGCAAAGAAACGGGGCAAAGAUCAGUCUUCUGGUUCAACAGCCACCCUUUCUCUGGUGAACGAAGCGCAGUAUUUGCUGAUAAACACAUCCAGUGUUUUGGAGCUUCAGCAGCAGUUAAAGUCCAGUGAUGAGCAUGGAGAGGAGGAAUUAUUCCCAACGAAAGAACUCAUCUCACGUUUCCGGGCCAAUAUUAUUACCAAUGGAACAAGGGCUUUUGAAGAAGAGACGUGGGAUGAGAUUUCAAUCGGUUCCUUGCGUUUCCAGGUGGUAGCUCCUUGUCACAGAUGCCAGAUGAUUUGCAUCAACCAGCAAACUGGGCAGCGAAACCAAAAUGUUUUCCAAAAGCUUUCCGAGAGUCGCGCGAGAAAAGUGAACUUUGGAGUGUACCUGAUGCAUACGUCUUUGGAUUUUUCUUCCCCAUCUUUCCUGUCUGUAGGAUCUCAGGUGCUCCCUGUGUUGAAAGAAAACACAGAACGCCAGGAUCUACUGGCUUCCGAGAAACAUCAGGAUGUUAUCUCCUAAAAAUCAUUUUCAGUGUAAAUUAAAAUUUCUCUUUUACAACUA